AUGCAAGCAUUCUAUAUCAUAUCAAUUACAUUAGUUGUACUUAUUGUUCAAUUUAUCAAUGCUGUACCACUACAUCAUCAUGCAUCUGAUACAUUAAAUUCAUUUCUGGAUGAUGAAAAUGGAUUCAUUGAUGAUGAAUCAAAUUUAUCAAAACGAAAAAUGCCAACUGAAGGUAUUCUCAUCGGUAAGCGAGCAUUUCCAGGUGAAGGAAUCUUACUUGGAAAACGUAAUUAUCCAAUGGAAGGAAUUUUACUUGGAAAACGUGAAUAUCCAACUGAAGGAAUUUUACUCGGUAAGCGUGGGUAUCCAACUGAAGGUAUACUUAUAGGCAAACGUAACUUUCGUUUCUAA